GUACUUGCAUUUGUCGACUUGGCGGGACCGAGUGGGUGCAGCGGCCGCGGGAAGAGGCUGCUGAUGCCCUUGGACAAGGGGAAAGAGCGGGUGGUGGUGCUGGUGGACAUGGACUGCUUCUACGUACAGGUGGAACAGAAGGCCAACCCGGAGCUGAAGGGCAAGCCCUGCGCCGUGGUUCAGUACAAGACCUGGCAGGGGGGUGGGAUUGUGGCCGUCAGCUACGAGGCUCGUGCCCAGGGGGUGAAGAGGGGCAUGAGGGGGGUAGAGGCCAUGAAGAGGUGCCCAGGCCUGCAAUUGGCCCGGAUCCCCGAGGCGCACGGCAAGGCCAACCUCAGCAGGUAUCGGCAGGCGAGCGGGCAAGUGCUGGCGGUGCUGUCUCGCUUCGCGGUGAUCGAGAGGGCCAGCAUCGACGAGGUUUACGCCGACCUGACGGCAGAGGCCGGCCGGCGCCUGAAGCAGCCGGGACUCCUGCAGCAAGCGGCGACCCUGCUCGGGAGCACCUGCGUGGAGGGAUUUCCCCGGGACAGGGACAGUCGGGCCCCACCACUCUCGGCCCUGCACAGAGAGGAGGCGCGGCGGGAGGGGCUACAGGCUUGGCUGGACUCAUUGCCCGCGGACAGGGACCAUGGCAGCCCCGAGCUGCUGCUCACAGCAGGGGCACUGAUCGUGGAGGAGAUGCGGGCAGCCGUGGAAGCAGAAACCGGCUACAGGUGUUCAGCUGGAAUCUCCCACAACAAGGUGCUGGCGAAGCUGAGCUGUGGUCUGAACAAGCCGAACCGCCAGACUCUGUUGCCCAUGGAGUCUGUGGACCGCCUCUUCGAUACUCUGCCCAUCAGCACCAUCCGUAACCUGGGCGGGAAGCUGGGGGAGUCCGUCUCACAGCUCCUCCAGGUGCACAACAUGGGCGAGCUCCGAGCCUUCUCCCAGGCACAGCUGCACACCAGCUUCGGGGUCAAAACCGGGAGCUGGCUCUUUGACCUGUGUCGGGGCCUGGACUUUGAGCCGGUGAGGCCCCGGUACCUCCCCAAAUCCAUUGGGUGCAGCAAGAAUUUCAUGGGCAAAGAGGCCCUGACCAUGUGUGAGCAGGUGAAGCAUUGGCUGCUGCAGCUGUCGACAGAGCUGGAGGAAAGACUGCUCCAGGAUCAGCAGCAGAAUGGGCGGACUGCGCGGCAGCUGGCGGUGGGGCUGCGGCUGCAUGAGGAGCACCAGUCGCGCAGCUUCUCCCGCUGCUGCCCCCUGGCCAGGCCCGAUGCCCCCCGCCUGGCCCAGCGCGCCUGGACCCUCAUCCAGGCCUUCAACACGGCCCACCCCCCUCAGGCAGCCUGGUCGCCCCCCGUGAUUGGCCUCUCUCUGGUGGCCAGGGAUUUCUUCGAGACCUCGGUGGCCUCGGCCCGUGGCAUCACUGACUUCCUGACCAGCUCCUCCUCCCAGUCCCUUGGGGCGGGAGCAGCGCCGAACCCAGGGAGAGUUGCGGGAGCCCAGAGCCCGGUGAGAAGACUGGGCCCAGAGGGAGCCCACAGACCUGGCACCAUCACAUCCUUCUUUAUGCAUGCCCCCACCGACAAAACCUGCCCCUCCCCUGACCCUGUAACACACACCUUCCCCGCACAACCCUCCUCACUCUCUAUUGCACCCCUCACCUCCCCCCCACCCCUCGCACCCACACCACCACCUGUCCCUGAGACACCCCCCAGCCCCUCUCCACACUCCUCCCCCUCUCACACACCACCCCUGGGCCGCAGAGACAGUGACCGUACAGGACCUGCAGAGAUGGAGCUUCCAGGCGUGUCGUUCUUCAAACGCAAGGCCCUGGCCCAAUCCCCUGGCCAGCCACCAGUGGACCCUCCCCUGAGCCCCGGUCUCCCCACUGAGGUGCUGGUGCGCUGUGCAAGGUGCGGCCAGUCCACCCUCCCCAGGCAAGUGGCAGAGCACAAGGAUUUCCACUUUGCCCUGGACCUCCAGAGGUCCCUGUCGACUCUCCCACCUCCCAGCCCCCCGGCCCAGACCAAGCACAAGGCAGUGGACCAGCUGCGGGGUCUGGGCAAGCGGGCUCGGACUGGCAGCAAGACCCUGGACUGGUAUUUUCAGAAAGCACCUCCCUAGAACAGGCAGGGGGCGGGGUUUUGGCACAUGGUCCCGAGCCGUAAGUUCAUGUUACAGGAGCAGAAUUAGUCCAUUUGACCCCUUGAGCCUACUCUGCCAUUCAAUCAUGGCUGAUCUAUCUCUCCCUCUCAACCCCAUUCUCCUGCCUUCUCCCCAUAACCCGACACCCGUUCUAAUCAAGAAUCUUAAAAAUAUCCACUGACUUGGCCUCCACAAUGUCCCCCCAUUUCCUGAUACUUUGGCAUGAGAUCAGAUCAGAUGUGGGUGUAAUUAAAGUAUUGUAUUUUUGAUAUAAAUUCCUGAGAUGUUCAGUGAUUCACAGGAUUGAAGAGUGGGGAGUGUUUGAGUGGUUUCUCUUUGAUGUUUCUGGCUUGUUUUACCGGAGCUCCUGAAUGCUGCUGCUCCCUUGCUGUUGAAGUGAUCACUCUUGCACCUCUGUGGUUGUUUGAGGUUAAUCUGUACAGUCCCCCCCAGGGCAUGUCAGUGCAGACACGAUGGGCCGAAGGGUCUGUUUGUGUACUAUUCUGUGAUGUGGAGAACCCAUGGAUUUGCUGGACAGCAGAGCGGUAGAAUUACUGCUUUAAAAUUAAGAAACCUAUCUCUUUUAAUACCAAUAGUCAAUAAUCCAUCGUUUAAACCAUCAAUCAUAGACAAAUCAUUUAUACAAUGGGAAAGAAUGGGAAUUAAAACGCUCGAAGAUCUGUAUGAAUUAGGGAAUCUACUAUCAUUUCAACAACUACAACUGAAAUAUAAUUUGAAAAAUAACCAAUAUUUUAAAUAUCUUCAAAUUUGUGAUUAUCUGAAAAAACACACAAAAAACUAUCAUAAGAUGUCUUCCGACUUAUUGGAUGAAGCAAUGAAGACCAAGGCGGAAUCAGCUAAUUUAAUAUCGUAUUUAUAUAAUAUCAUUUUAAACAUAGAAAUACCCACAACAGAUGGAAUUAGAAAAGAUUGGGAACAAGAAUUAGAUAUAAAAAUCUCAAAAGAGACCUGGGAUAAUCAUUUACUACAGGUGCAUAAAUGUUCGAUCAACGUACGGCAUACGCUCAUCCAAUUUAAAACAUUACAUAGAUUAUAUUAUUCAAAAACUAAAUUAAAUAAAAUCUUCCCUAAUGUUUCACCAAUCUGUGAUAAAUGCCUAUGUCAAGAAGCUACCAUAGCGCACUCUUUUGUUUUUUGUACAAAAAUCCAAAAAUUCUGGUAUGAAAUAUUUGAUAUUUUUUCGAAAUUGAUCAAAAUAAAACUGGUACCAAAACCAGAAUGGAUUAUCUUCGGAAUAUCGGAAGAUAACCCUGAAUUAAACGUGUUUCAGAAGAAUUUAUUUAAUUACGGGCUAAUAAUGGGAAAAAAGCUUAUACUUAAAUUCUGGAAAAAUGCGCCGACACCAACAAUAAAAAUGUGGAUAUCAAAUAUGUUUGAAACAUUACAUCUGGAAGAGAUGAGAUUCCUCCUAGCAGGUAAAGCAGACCAAUUUCAAAAGACGUGGUCUAUGUUUCUGGACCUAUUACAAGCAUGAGGUGCAAUAGUAACCUAAAAAAAAAAAAAAACAAAUAUAUAAAUAAGCGGAAUCAGGACC